CUAUCUCUCAUCUCACUUUAGAGCUAGCUCGCUAGAGGCUAGAGCUCCUCUUUUUUUCUUUCUUUUAUCUGUCCUAAAUUACAAUUUCUUUUCUUUUCUUUUGUCACGCUGGCACUCUCUUCACCAUUCCCACUACGUACCCACUGCUCUCUCUCUCUCUCUCUCUCUCUCUCUCUCUCUCACACACACACACAUUUGGCUCCUAUAUGUACAUCUAUCUUUGGCGUGAGGUCUCUAUUAUUAAUACGAUUCACACUCCUCUCUUUCCUUCCCCAAUUUCUUUUUCCCCUUCCCUUCACUUAACAAAAACCCAACAUUUUCAUGACCCCAUUUUUCUUCUCACUAUUAUCCUUCAUCCUCUUCUUCUUCACUUUCUCUCUGUUAUAUUAUAAUAAGAAGUUCCCUUGUUAUUCUUAUAAUAACAUUCUUUUUCCAAUUAUGAUGAUGAGCUUCUGUAGAAAGAUCGCCCCUCACUCUUUCCUCGGCCUCACCUCAACAACUACUACUACCACUACUUCAACAGCUGCAUCAACCUCCAUAGAUGCUCACCAUGAAAAACUCCCCUUCAAAUGCCACCACUGCAUUUCUCCCCUAAGUUGUACAGCAUCAGGAGGAGGAGGGUUGCUAGGUUUGGUCAACGCACCAGAUUAUCAUCACAUCAAACACCAACCCCUCCUCUUGGAGUCUUCUUCCAUCAAAUCCUCCUCCUCCUCAUCAGAUUCAUCAUUAUCGCCACUGUUUUCUGCUUCUCCUUCUCCUUCUCCUCCUCCUCCUCCUGCAAUUGAGUUUGAGGCAAAGAAAGAUUAUGCAGGUGGGUUUGGGUUCAUAGACGACAUAGGAGGCGGCGUGGACGGCUUGAUGUCGUGCACGGAGAGCCUAGGGUUUGAGAGCUCGGACGAGAGGCGAGUGGAUGACCAUCAGAUCAUUGAAACAAUCGGCCACCGUCAUCAGAAUGAAGAUGAUGAUCCUGUGGAGGAGGACGCGUGUUUGAGGAUGAUGAGGCAGUCGAUGAGGAGAGUGUCCAAAUGGAAGAGGACGGGGGAGAAGAGAGCGGAGGCCAAGAAAUUUCCACCCCCUCUUUCUUCUUUAAACCAGAAUGGGCAGCCCAGGUAUUUCCUCAGGCCUGUCAGGAAAGAAGGGAGGCUGGAGCUCACGGAGGUCAGGAUUUACAGGCCUGAGAUCUUGCGUGCUUAUCGUCAAGAUGGACGGUUGAGAUUGCAUCUUGUUACCCGCGAACCUGAUCUCCAAGAAGAAGAAGAAGUAGAAGGCAUACAAGAAGAAAAUGAAGAAGAAGAAGAAGAAGAAGACGUUAUUGAUGAGAAAGAGAGUAUAAUUAAUGUGAAGGAGGCGGAGGAGGAGGAGGAGGAAAAGAAGCUGGCGGUGGGAGAAGGUUUUCGGAGGUGUCAGAAUCUGGUGAGCGGCGGCCACCAUCAGCACCGUGGAAACUUGGGGGUGUGGAGCCAGCGGCAGCAUUGUGUGACAACCAGGUGAUGAUAACAUAGGAGAGAAUAUUAUGGCAUGAUGUUCAAGUGGCCGCGUUGAGAAAGAGACAACUGUACUGCCUCUACGUGUAGUUUAAUUAGGAACAAGGACGAGAUGUUUCAUAGUAAUUAAUUAAUGAAUUAGAGAGGGAAAGUCAAUUAAUCGAGAGGCAAUUAAUUAAGGUUAAUUUAAGGCUUACGAAGGUAGCUAUCAGGUAUUAUCAGGUAUCAGGUCAUGUUAUGUUUGCGGUGGAGGAGCACUGUUUCUUUCUAUCAACGAUUUAACUAUUGUGAUUAAAGUACGUUAAUAGGUUGAAUAAUUAGCGUGUGGAAUCUAUAUUAUAAUGUUGAUGAUGUGUGUAUAUGAUCAGCAAAUUUUGAGGGUC